AGGAGGCGAGAAGGCCGCUCGUGGACUCGGGGGGCCUAGUGCCCUCUCCCUGCGGCCUUCCCCGGGGCCCGGGUCACUCCUCCCCCCCAUCCACGGAAAAGAGAGAAAGCGAUCCGCCGGGAGGUGCGGCCGCGCUAUGGACCCCUGACCCCCCGCGGGGGUCAUUCGGACUCUUUUAACGUGUGGACUGGCCGCUACUGACUGCACCGCCUGGCCCCCCCCCUCAGCCUCCCCCCCAUCCGUCUCCUGCGGCUUUUAGCAUGAGCGAGCGGGAUCCAGCCGGGUGACAUUGUGCCGGUUGGCGGAUUCUCGAUUUCUUCUUCCACACUCCCUUCUCUUUCCCUGUCCCGCCCCCACCCCCACCCCCCUACCCCAAACCCUCUUCCAACCCCUCUAUGAAGCGCUUCUGAGUCUCCGAGGGCGGGGGUUGUCCUGGAUUAUUGUUCUUACGAACCCCCUGCUUGUGGUUGGGGAGGGGUAUUUAAUCUGGAGGCCUUAGGGUCCUUCGGUGUCUGUUUUUUUUUCGUGUGUGUACAUAUUUUGCUCUGAAAGUUGAUAAAUAUACGUAUAUUGAGAGUGUCCACGUCUCCUCGCUGAACCGUAGGAGUCCUUUUGGCACAAUGUCUUGUGUACAUUAUAAAUUCUCCUCUAAACUCAACUAUGAUACCGUCACUUUUGAUGGACUCCACAUCUCCCUCUGCGACUUAAAGAAGCAGAUUAUGGGGAGAGAGAAGCUGAAAGCUGCCGAUUGCGACCUGCAGAUCACCAACGCGCAGACGAAAGAAGAAUAUACUGAUGAUAAUGCUCUGAUUCCUAAGAACUCAUCUGUAAUUGUUAGAAGAAUUCCUAUUGGAGGUGUUAAAUCCACAAGCAAGACAUAUGUUAUAAGUCGAACUGAGCCAGUGAUGGGAACUACAAAAGCAAUUGAUGACUCUUCUGCAUCUAUUACUCUGGCCCAGCUUACAAAGACUGCCAAUCUGGCUGAAGCCAAUGCUUCUGAAGAAGAUAAAAUUAAAGCAAUGAUGUCGCAAUCUGGCCAUGAAUACGACCCAAUCAAUUACAUGAAGAAACCUCUAGGUCCACCACCUCCAUCUUAUACCUGUUUUCGUUGUGGUAAACCUGGCCAUUAUAUUAAGAAUUGCCCAACAAAUGGGGAUAAGAACUUUGAAUCUGGUCCUCGGAUUAAAAAGAGCACUGGUAUUCCUAGAAGUUUUAUGAUGGAGGUGAAAGAUCCUAACAUGAAAGGUGCAAUGCUUACCAACACUGGAAAAUAUGCAAUACCAACAAUAGAUGCAGAGGCGUAUGCCAUCGGGAAGAAAGAGAAACCACCCUUCCUACCAGAGGAGCCAUCCUCUUCGUCAGAAGAGGAUGAUCCCAUCCCAGAUGAAUUGCUGUGCCUCAUCUGCAAAGACAUCAUGACUGACGCCGUUGUCAUUCCCUGCUGUGGAAACAGUUACUGUGAUGAGUGUAUAAGAACAGCACUCUUGGAAUCAGAUGAACAUACAUGUCCAACAUGUCAUCAAAAUGAUGUAUCUCCUGAUGCUUUAAUUGCCAAUAAAUUUUUACGACAGGCUGUUAAUAACUUCAAAAAUGAAACUGGUUAUACAAAAAGACUACGAAAACAAUUACCUCCACCACCACCCCCAAUACCACCUCCAAGACCUCUCAUUCAGCGGAACCUGCAGCCUCUCAUGAGGUCUCCAAUAUCACGACAACAAGACCCUCUGAUGAUUCCAGUGACGUCUUCAUCGGCUCACCCUGCUCCCUCAAUAUCUUCAUUAACUUCCAACCAAUCCUUGGCCCCUCCUGUACCUGGAAGUGCAUCUAAUGCCCCAGCUCCUGUACCCGAUAUAACCGCAACAGUGUCUAUAUCAGUCCAUUCAGAAAAGUCAGAUGGACCUUUCCGGGACUCUGAUACUAAAUUACUGCCAGCUGCAGCCCUUGCUUCAGAACAUUCAAAGGGAACCUCCUCAAUUGCACUUACUGCUCUUAUGGAAGAGAAGGGUUACCAGGUGCCUGUCCUUGGAACUCCAUCUUUGCUGGGACAGUCAUUAUUACAUGGACAAUUGAUCCCUACGACUGGCCCAGUAAGGAUAAAUGCUGCUCGGCCAGGUGGGGGUCGACCAGGUUGGGAACAUUCGAACAAGCUUGGAUAUCUGGUUUCUCCACCACAGCAAAUUAGAAGAGGGGAGAGGAGCUGCUACAGAAGUAUAAAUCGUGGGCGACACCACAGCGAAAGAUCCCAGAGAACUCAAGGCCCAUCACUACCAGCAACUCCAGUCUUCGUACCUGUUCCUCCACCACCUCUGUAUCCACCUCCCCCCCACACGCUUCCUCUACCUCCAGGUGUUCCUCCCCCACAGUUUUCUCCUCAGUUUCCGCCUGGCCAGCCGCCUCCUGCUGGGUAUAGCGUCCCUCCUCCAGGGUUUCCACCUGCACCUGCCAACUUAUCUACACCCUGGGUAUCAUCAGGAGUGCAGACAGCUCAUUCAAAUACCAUCCCAACAACACAAGCACCACCUUUGUCCAGGGAAGAAUUCUAUAGAGAACAGCGGCGACUAAAAGAAGAGGAAAAGAAAAAGUCCAAGCUAGAUGAGUUUACAAAUGAUUUUGCUAAGGAAUUGAUGGAAUACAAAAAGAUUCAAAAGGAGCGUAGGCGCUCAUUUUCCAGGUCUAAAUCUCCCUAUAGUGGUUCAUCAUAUUCAAGAAGUUCAUACACUUACUCUAAGUCAAGAUCUGGUUCAACACGUUCACGUUCUUAUUCUCGAUCCUUCAGCCGCUCACAUUCUCGUUCCUAUUCGAGAUCACCUCCAUACCCCAGAAGAGGCAGAGGCAAGAGUCGAAAUUACCGUUCUCGGUCUAGAUCGCAUGGAUAUCAUCGGUCUAGGUCCAGGUCACCCCCAUAUAGACGAUACCAUUCACGAUCGAGAUCUCCUCAAGCAUUCAGGGGCCAGUCUCCUAACAAGCGUAAUGUACCUCAAGGAGAAACAGAGCGUGAAUAUUUUAAUAGAUACAGAGAAGUUCCACCACCUUAUGACAUGAAAGCAUAUUAUGGGAGGAGUGUUGACUUUAGAGACUCAUUUGAGAAAGACCGUUACCGAGAAUGGGAGAGAAAAUACAGAGAGUGGUAUGAAAAGUACUACAAAGGGUAUGCUGCUGGAGCACAACCUAGACCCUCAGCAAACAGAGAGAACUUUUCUCCAGAGAGACUUUUACCUCUCAAUAUCAGGAACUCACCCUUCACAAGAGGCCGCAGAGAAGACUAUGUUGGUGGACAAGGUCAUAGGAGUCGAAAUAUAGGUGGCAGUUACCCAGAAAAGCUUUCAGCCAGAGACAGUCACAAUCAGAAGGAUAACACAAAAUCAAAAGAGAAGGAGAGUGAAAAUGUUCCCGGAGAUGGCAAAGGAAAUAAACACAAGAAGCACAGAAAAAGAAGAAAGGGAGAAGAAAGCGAAGGCUUUCUGAACCCAGAGUUAUUAGAGACGUCUAGAAAAUCCAGAGAACCUUCAGGUGUUGAAGAAACUAAGACAGAUACAUUAUUUGUUCUCCCAAGUAGAGACGAUGCUACACCUGUUAGGGAUGAGCCAAUGGAUGCAGAAUCCAUCACUUUUAAAUCCAUGUCUGAAAAAGACAAGCGAGAAAAAGAUAAGCCAAAAGCAAAAGGUGACAAGACCAAACGAAAAAGUGAUGGGUCUGCUACAUCCAAAAAAGAAAAUGCUGUCAAACCCACUAAAGGACCCCAAGAAAAGCUAGAUGGGGAACGUGAAAAAUCUCCUCGGGUUGAACCUCCACUUAAAAAGGCCAAAGAGGAGGCUCCAAAGACUGAUGCUGCUAAACCAUCAUCAUCAUCGUCCUCUCAGAAGGACGAAAAGGUCCCUGGGACCCCCAGGAAAGCCCACUCAAAGUCAGCAAAGGAACACCAGGAGACAAAGCCCGUCAAAGAGGAAAAGGUGAAGAAGGAUUACUCCAAAGACGUGAAACCAGAAAAGCUAACCAAUAAGGAAGAAAAGGCCAAGAAGCCUGAGAAGAGUAAAGCACUUGAGAGCAAGGGAGAAAAAAGAAAGAGAAAGACAGAAGAAAAAGGUGUGGAUAAAGAUUUUGAAUCUUCUUCAAUGAAGAUCUCUAAACUAGAAGGAACAGAAAUAGUGAAACCAUCUCCUAAACGCAAAAUGGAACCUGACGUUGAAAAGAUGGAUAGGACCCCCGAAAAGGACAAGGCUGCAUCAUCAACGGCUCCAGCCAAGAAAAUCAAGCUCAACAGAGAAACUGGGAAGAAAAUUGGAAGCACAGAAAAUGUAUCAAGUGCAAAAGAACCAUCUGAAAAAUCAGAGUCAACAUCUGGGAAAAUUAAGCAGGAAAAGGUCAAAGGGAAGGCUAAGCGGAAAGUAACUGGAACAGAAGGCUCCAGCUCCACUCUUGUGGAUUAUACCAGCACAAGCUCAACUGGAGGCAGUCCUGUGCGGAAAUGUGAAGAAAAAACAGACACAAAGCGAACUGUGAUUAAAACUAUGGAAGAAUACAAUAAUGACAACACCGCUCCUGCUGAAGAUGUUAUUAUUAUGAUCCAGGUUCCUCAGUCCAAGUGGGACAAAGAUGACUUUGAAUCUGAGGAAGAAGAGAUGAAAUCCACACAGCCUAUGCCAACUGUAGCAAAACCGUCCAGUGUUAUAAAAACUGUGAGCACCAAGCCAUCCACUGUGGUCAAGUAUACCGAGAAAGACAGUGAGCCAUCAGAGAAAAUUCAGAAGCUCACCAAGGAGGUGAGCCACGAACUUGUGCAGCAUGAAGUCAAAAGCUCAAAAAACUCUGCAGCUAGUGAGAAGGGCAAGACCAAAGAUCGAGAUCAUUCAGUGUUAGAAAAGGAAAACCCUGAAAAGAGGAAGAAUAGCUCUCAACCAGAGAAAGAUAAUAAUUUGGACCGUCUGAGUGAACAAGGAACAUUUAAAAGUCUAUCUCAAUCUUCCAAAGAGUCCAGACCUUCCGAUAAUAAGCACGAUUCUGUGCGUGGUUCCUCAAAUAAAGACUUUACUCCCAACAGAGACAAAAAAACUGACUUUGACAACCGAGAGCAUUCUAGUUCCAAGCGGAGAGAUGAAAGAAGUGACUUAUCAAGAAGAAAAGACUCUCCUCCUCGCAGUAAAGACUCUUCUGGGCAGAAAAGUAGGCCGAGGGAGGAGAAAGAUUUGCCUAAAAAAGGAACAGGAGACUCCAAAAAAAGUAAUUCUAGUCCCUCAAGGGACAAAAAGCCUCAUGAUUAUAAAGCCCCUUAUGAUACUAAACGCUCAAAUGAAGAGACAAAAGCUGUAGACAAAAAUCCCUGCAAGGAUCGUGAGAAGCAUGUGUCAGAGGCAUGGAACAAUAAGGAAUCGAGUGGUGCCAAGUUGCCUAGUGUGCCCAGCGUGCCCAGUGUGCCCAGCAUGCCCAUCCCACCCAUCCCACCCAUCCCAACAGAGCCACAGGUAGAAAAGGAGCCGGUGACAGCACACCUCGACAAGAAUGCUGUUAAGACUAAACCCCAGCUAAGCCAUUCCUCUAGACUUUCCUCUGACUUAACUCGAGAGACUGACGAAGCUGCUUUUGAACCAGACUAUAAUGAGAGCGACAGUGAAAGUAAUGUAUCGGUGAAAGAAGAGGAAACGGCCACGAACAUUUCCAAGGACCUAAAAGAUAAAAUAACUGUAGAGAAAGCAAAAGAGAGCGUGGACCCAGCAGCCCUGAGCCAAGCAGGAGUGAGUAGGACCCAGAGUCAGAGCAGCCCCAGCGUGAGUCCUAGCCGAAGCCACAGCCCGUCCGGAAGCCAGACCCGCAGUCACAGCAGCAGUGCCAGCUCAGCAGAGAGUCAGGACAGCAAGAAGAAGAAGAAGAAGAAGGAAAAGAAGAAGCACAAGAAACAUAAAAAACAUAAGAAACAUAAGAAGCACGCAGGCACUGAAGUAGAAUUGGAAAAAAGCCAAAAACACAAACACAAGAAAAAGAAGUCGAAGAAGAGCAAAGAUAAAGAAAAGGAGAAGGAGAAAGAUGACCAAAAAGUGAAAUCUGUCACCGUGUAGAAGGACAGAUUUUUUUUAAUUGACUUAAUUACUAAGUCAUCUGUAUUAAAUUUUGUUAUAAUGUAAAGAGAUUCAAGCCUUGUAAAUAAUGACAUGGAAGACCCUGUGCUGCACUUAAAAUAUUGCUGCUUGAUUAUUUGAUUUUUA